AUUAAUACUUUCCUGAGCAGAUGUUGGUUUAUUUUAUACUACGUGUAUUGAUAAAAUGUGUAUAAUGGAGCUAAGAUUAGUUUCCUGAGAAGUGGUUGGUGUAUUUUAAAGUACGUGUAUUAAUAACAUGUAUAACAGAGCUCAGAUGAGUUUUCCUGAGCGGAGAUGGUCCCGUUUUUACUUUGAAGCCCUUAACGAGAGUGCGUUGGUUUGAGAAGCACAGGUGGUCCCGCUUUUACUUUGAAACCCUGAGCGGAAGUGCUUUGGUUUGCUGAGCUGCGGAUAAGUUUUCCUGCUUCUUGUGGUCAUGGUUAUGCGUCCUGAUGCUAAGCUUUCAACUGUCACUCGUCUUGAGGUUUGAUUAUGGCCCUGACGUCGCUUUUGGUCUUAGCUGCAACUGCGAUCCUUAUCAAACCCGAGACACCUGUGACCAAGGCUCUUCAUCCGAAUACACUCCAGUGCUGUGGUGAGAAACAGAGAGCUAACACGUCAUGUUCAAACGACACCCUCUGUGAGCCAGGAUGCUACCUGCGUUUCCUAGAGAACACCAAUACAGUUUGCAUCUAUUGUGACCCAUCCGCCGUGGAUCUGGAGAACUCAACAGCAUGCAGCUACAACUACACUGAGGAAAGAAAAAAUCGGACCACCGUUACAACCGUCAUUCCCAAGAUUGGUGGGCCGGGCGUGGCCGCCUCUCUGCUCCUAGGGACUCUGCUCAUCAGUCUGUUUCUGAUCCUGUCUGUCGCCUCCUUCUUCUACCUCAAACGCUCCCACCGCCUGCCCAACAUCUUCUACCGCCACAACAAGGCUCUCAGCAUAUUCCAGCCAAGUGAGACCGCUGUCAUGAUACCAUCCUCAUCAGUGAGGAAACAGCGGUAUGUGAGGAGGGAGAGGCCCUCCGUCACCUCCCCCUCAGAAGUGAUCCCCCCCACCGCCACCUCCAGGGUCUACAGCAUGUAGCCGCGGCCCCCCAGCCAUGACCCCCCCUCACCGCCACCUCCAGGGUCUACAGCAUGUAGCCGCGGCCCCCCAGCCAUGAUCCCCCCUCACCGCCACCUCCAGGGUCUACAGCA